GACGACUCCGCCAAGAGACCGCUCCGUAGCCGCCGCCGCCGCCUGGGGGACGCCCGAGCCCGUGGCCGGGCGCGCUGCGGGCGGCGGCCUGCGGGCGGCUGCGGCUCGCGAGGAGCGGAGGGGGCGGAAGGAGCAAGUCGGCCAUUUCUGGACUGCGGUGGCAGGAGCCCCGUCGAGUGCUCCAACGCUCGGGCGGCCAGGCCGUGUCGCACACCCGAGGAGCGCAUGAGGUUGGCUUUGCCGACGUAGCAGCCUGUGUGAGAGCCAAUGAUGUACACGGCAACCUCCGAGCUCUCGGCGGUAGUAUAUCCACUGCGAUGAUCGUUACUACGCAACUGACGGGCGCUGAACAGUGCCGUCUGGGCGCUCAGACGGAAUACACACCACUGCUGUCGAAACCACCGAGGGGGGACGGGCAGGAUCGUGAGCACGUCGAAGGCGACAUCUGCCAGAUGCGGCCAAGAGCGCACACGUUGACAGCUUUCGCCUCUGUGCGCGCGCCGCCUCGGCCAGAGGGUGGGAGCAACACGUCUGCAAAGACUGCUGAGGCUGCCACAAGACUCGCAACAUCGUCACUUCGACGUAUCGUACCAGGCAGCAACGUCAGGUAUGCUCGAUACCGCAGGGCUUUUCAGGACCCAGCAGAACCGCUGAGGGUCGGGAUGAUGAUGAUGAUGAUGAUGAUGAUGUGGGCGAGGGGAGGCUGAAGAGGACUGCGGCACUGCGGGUAGUUGUGUCGUGCCCUGGGCUGCAGCGCUUCAGAGGUCAGCCCAG